AUGGACUUUAUAGAUUUUGAUUCAUUUCAGGAUGGUAAUGAUUUACCCCAGCCACAACCUGCAUUGUCAUUGCCUCUAGCUUCAAACAUUGAAAACUUUGGAAAGAAAUUUUCCAAUUUGAACAGUUUGACUAGAAGCUUGUUGAGAAACGCUGGAGGCAAUUCUAAAACAGACAGCGAAGAUGAAGAAAACUAUUUACAAAGUCAGGCAUUUCAGGUUGCUGAGAAGUAUGCAUCAAUGUCAUUGAACAUGUUGAAGGACUCUGAUGAAGUAAGCUCACUAAAUGUUGGAAAUGGUACAAGUGUAGGUGGAACUGAUGGAAGUACUAAUGUUCCAUACACAAAGCAGAGCUCAGAUAAGAAUCUUUCUACAAGACUAUCAAGAGUUCUUUCGAACCCAAUUUCGGAUCUGUCCAUUCGUGAGAUAUUCCUCUCCUUAGAACAGAAGAUUUCAGACACUACUGAACUUGUAGAACCUGGUGUGGUGGGAUCAAUGACCAGAAAGGCACUCAGAAGUGAAAUUGAAAAUGACCUAAUAAAGACUCAGCUGAUGUUAAUUAGGGAGUAUCAACCCGUUUACAAAAAUUUGAGUCAAUUGGAAGAUAAAUUGAACAAAUUGAAUAGAAUUUACGAAGAUGCCAAGACUAAAAUCGAACUUGACUGUGAAAAUGUUGCUCAGUUCAACCAAGAAGCCACUGAUUUAACUUCUCGUAAGCAAGUAAUCUCAUUAAAAAAGAACCUUUUAUCCUCUUUCAGGAAGAACUUCACAUUGAGUGAGUAUGAAGAGCAUUUAUUGACCAAUAGUGAAAUAAAUGAAGACUUCUUCUUGGCUUUAACCAAGGCAGAACAGAUCCAUGAAAACUGUUCUAUAUUGUUAUCUCUGGAUAACCCCAAACUUGGUCUCAAGAUUAUGUCUAAGAUGAUGCUGCACAUUUCCAAAUCUGUGGAUCGGAUUCUCUUGUUCUGUAACAAGACUUUUGGAAAUCUACACUCAUUGAACACUAGAGAUCGUCUUACUACUUUGCAUCAAUGUUUGAGAUACUUGUCCCAGAAACCCACGUACCUCAAUUCUGUAAUUGCUGGAUUUACUGAAUCUCGUUCAAAGACUUUAGUUGAUGAAUUUUUAAACCAGAUCAACGGUAAUUUGGAUCAAAGAAAUGAAUUUGAACUGGAUAACUCACAAGUAACUGAAAGUAGAAGAAAUCGGAGAAGAUCUUCCGCUUCUAGACCCAUUGUGCUUUCAGCUCAUGAUCCAGUUAGAUUUAUUGGUGAUAUGUUGGCAUGCAUUCAUUCUGUAGUGGUGAAUGAAAUUGAAACUAUUCAGAACAUUUUCAAUGAAAAUGAUCAGGUGUUCAAAUCGAUGUCAUCAAAAAUGGUCGUUGUUACUUUGAGUCUGUUAUCUAAACCAAUUAAGUCAAGAAUUGAACAAAUUAUUUCAAGCGAAACUAAAAUUGGAACUCUUUUUUCUAUUUACAACUUGCUAGAUUUGUAUACUAUGAUGUUGGGGAAGCAAUUGAAGUCAGACAAGGAAACAACCGAAGAGUCCAACAAUGCAGAUCUUAUAGCUACCAUUAAUCAAUUAUCAAAAACUUCAACAAAGAAAAUAUUCUCCAUAGUUCGCAACAGAUUACUCACCAUCAAGCAUUCAAACCAAGCUCAAUUAGACAUUAACAGUUCAUUACAGCCUCCUGAAUGGAUCAUCGAAUUUUACUCAGACAUCAUACCGCUCCUUGAUAAUAUUACUACGCCAACAAUAAUGAACAUGGAAGAGAAAGAAAACGAGGAAUUUAUGAAUCUUGUUAUAAAUGAACCUGUUGAAAUUUUUGAUGAACAUUUAAAGAAAAGCAACACUAGUAAUAGCAAAACGUUGUUCGAUAAGCGAGAUCAACUUAUACUUAAAGCUAAUUUUGUGGAUUUAGUACUUUCCAAAGUUACCCCCAUCUCAGUUUUAACCGACAAAGUCUUGCAGCUUCAUUCUAUAUUGAACGAAAUAACCAUAAAGUUAACGGAAAUACAAUCCCAACAUUACUUCGAAGGUUGUGGGUUAACUAAUUAUGUCAAUAUUGUCAACAUGAUAUGUCCAUUCACAGAUGAUUUCUUUGAUUCAUCUAUUUACCAACCAAUUGUGGAAAACAAAUUGUUUGUUAAGGAUGAACUCGACAAGACUAAUUUCGAAAUCCAGCUGUUUUUGCCAACUGCAUUACUAGACAUUCAACAGAGCCUACUAAGACUUAACUCUCCAAUAAUCGUAAAUGAUGUUGUAACAAACUCCAGUUUGGAAUUGGUUAAGUUCUAUCUCAAAUUUGGAAUAUUGAUUGAUAAAUUUUUGAAAGAGAAGUUGCUCAGCUGGAGUGAUUUGGAAGUGGCUACAUUAUUAGGAAUAGAUUCGAUCUACAACGAGGAGAAGAAUAAGUUACAGUUUGAGGAGGAUAUAUAA